UCUCUCUCUCUCUCUCUCUCUCGUUUCUCUCUCUCUUUUGCCAUUCAAAUCUCAUUGCCGACGUUGGUGGUGGCUGCCUUGGGGCCGUUUGCCCAAAAUCGGCAGGAAUUUCCGGAGAUUUCACGCUCCCUUUGUAUCAAUUUGUACCAUUGAAGCGUUUUUUGCCGUUGAGGUGGAAUUGGGUUUUGUUGCUCUCUGAUCAGGUGCGGGUUGUGGAAUUCGAUGUCGAUUUGAGUUCUUUCUCGACACAAAAGGAGAAUCACUUCAGCAAUUUGCGUGCUAAAUGAGGGUAUUUUCACUUAAGGUUUCAUCGAGUUGGGUGUCUGAAGAGUGACAAUGAAUGUUUUUGUUUGAGGAGUGUAAUGUUCAGAGAAGGAAAUGACUCAGUCAUGGUUAGAUAAUGCAAAGUUUUCCACGGCAUCAACUUCAGCAUCUGGGUCUUGUCCUGUAUUUUUGCAAUCGUCAUCGAAUUCUUGCUCACGGCACAGAAAUGUUUUUAAGCUGUUAGAAUCAAGGGAGAUAUCUCCUCGAGGAAGACACUCCAAAAGGCUUUGGGGAUUGCCUUCAAAAAACAGAGUUGAUUGUACUGCGCCAAGAUGUGAAAUAACAGAUGCAAGACAUGCUCUUGUUUCUUGGGUAGAAGCAGAGUCCUUAAGGCAUUUGUCUGCCAGAUACUGUCCUCUUCUUCCUCCACCAAGGUCAACAAUUGCUGCGGCAUUUAGUUCAGAUGGCAAAACACUUGCUUCCACACAUGGUGAUCACACUGUCAAAAUAAUCGACUGCCAAACUGGUAAUUGUUUGAAAGUGUUAAGCGGCCAUAGGCGGACACCAUGGGUGGUUAGGUUCCAUCCAUUACGCCCAGAAAUAAUUGCCAGUGGUAGCUUGGAUCAUGAAGUGCGUUUGUGGAAUGCUCAUACUGGGGACUGCAUAGGAUCACGCGAUUUUUAUCGUCCAAUAGCAUCUAUUGCAUUCCAUGCCCAAGGAGAGAUUCUUGCUGUGGCUUCAGGUCACAAGCUGUUCAUAUGGCAUUACAACCGAGUAGGAGACCCUUCUUCUCCAACUAUUGUGCUGAAGACAAGGCGCUCAUUGAGGGCUGUGCAUUUUCACCCUCAUGCAGCCCCAUUUCUAUUAACUGCUGAGGUAAAUGACCUGGAUUCUCCAGAUUCGCCAUUGACUCUAGCAACGUCUGCUGGUUAUGUGCAAUAUCCUCCACCUGCUGUCUUCUUUGCAAGUGCUAAUUCUAGUCUCCGUCCAUAUGUUGAAGCCAAAUUACCUCUUAUGCUUUCCCCUUAUUUAUUCUGGCCAACAGUUAUAAAAGAGGAUGAAAGAACAUCCUUUCAAGAUGUUAACAGGGCUACCACUUCAGUCAAUAACCAGCAAAGAGUCGAAUCAACACGACCUUCGUAUCCUAAUACAGAGAGACAAAAUGAUUCAAUGGCACCUAUGGAGACAUGCCCUGCAGAAAUUCCUUGCUUGCAAAAUGUAACAGAAGGUGCAAACAAUAAUUCUCUCUCUGAUUCCAUAAUGGAAAAUGCGGAAAACAAUGAUUCCCUACCUCCAAGUGGUCUUCAAAACAGCUCUUCUGCUGUCCCACCAAGUACUUACCAAUUGAAUGGAAUGACUAUUCAAAUGCCAACCAGCCAAUCUAGGUCUUUACCUGAUGGUAGUCCUGUCGUCAAUGCUUCACAUCCUUUGGGCAAUAUUGAUCUACAAAUGCUUUCAAGAAGUGUAGAGACUGGGCAUGUUCACCCAUUUAUUUCUUUCAGUGAUCCUGCUUGCUGGGAGUUGCCAUUCUUGCAAGGUUGGUUAAUGGGGCAGUCCCAUGCUGGCUUACAUACUAUGGGCCCUGUGAACACUACUGCCCAAGGAAAUUUACCUGUGGUUCGGGGACCCAGCUCAAAUUCAGCAGAUUUACUCCAUUCAAGGAACUUGGAGGCAUUGCUGGCCUCUUCAGGUAUACCGACUAAUUAUGGUCAUACUAGGGGAAGUGGACGUAGUGCUUCUCGUCAUCGCCCACGUUCUCGUUUGAUUCCUCCAACAGGUUCUGGUGAAGGUGCUUCUUUUCCACACCCUCAAAACGAUGUAGUGGAUGCUCAUCAUGCCCCAAGCAACAUUGAAUCUGAUAUUUCCUCAUCAUUGGCCGCUGCUGCAGCUGCGGAGUUACCUUGCACAGUGAAGCUAAGAAUAUGGACACAUGAUAUACAGAAUCCCUGUGCUCCUCUCGAUAAUGAUAUCUGCCAGUUGACUAUUCCGCAUGCUGUAUUAUGCAGUGAAAUGGGUGCCCACUUUUCCCCAUGUGGAAGAUUUCUAGCAGCUUGUGUGGCAUGUAUGCUUCCUCGGUUAGAAGGUGAUCCUGGAUUACAUUCACAGAUGCACUAUGAUUCUGCCGGGGCUGCAACUUCUCCGACACGCCACCCUAUUUCAGCUCACCAAGUCAUGUAUGAGCUUCGAAUUUAUUCUCUUGAGGAGGCAACUUUUGGAUCUAUUCUAGCUUCAAGGGCUAUCCGAGCUGCUCAUUGUUUAACUUCAAUUCAGUUUUCACCCACAUCAGAACACAUAUUAUUAGCAUAUGGUCGCCGGCAUAAUUCAUUAUUGAGGAGCAUCGUUGUUGAUGGGGAAACUGCAAUUCCUAUUUACACUGUUUUGGAGGUUUAUAGAGUUUCAGACAUGGAACUUGUGAGAGUCCUUCCUAGCGCAGAAGAUGAGGUUAAUGUUGCCUGUUUUCAUCCUUUAGUUGGAGGAGGCCUUGUUUAUGGAACAAAGGAAGGAAAGCUUCGGAUUCUUCAGUAUGAUGGGUCGAAUGGGGCAAAUUGCAAUGGAUCAAAUUUUUUCCUGGAGGAAAAUAUGCUUGAGGAGUCACUGUGAGUCAUUUGAUGAAGUACAUCCUCUUGGAUUUAAACUAUGCGAAAUGGGACAAAUUCUGGAAGGCACAUUUUGCUUGUAGAAGUGGUUCAGAAGUAUGCCCUAGAAUGUUGAAGAGUAGCUUCCACCCUACCCUGGGUUCAGUGACUGCAUACUCUGCUUAUGGGACUGACAUGCUCAACAUGGCAGACAAUUUCAUCCCUUACUUUGAGAUCACUCACCGACGAAGUUCAUAGUGCUUUCUUUCUGUUGUAAUCUCAAACCUUUAAUGUGUUUUCUCUUUUGAAAGACUAACAUGAUGUCGUUUGUUUACGAUCAAUACCAUGAUUGCCUCUGAAAAUCAGUCUGGUUAAAAUACCACAUGUUCCGUUUUA